CAUCCACCAGAGAAGGAACGACGACGCUCAUACUAGUGACACUCGCUGAACCCGGACAUUGCUAAGCGAUCACGAUAAGAAAGUUUCAGUGGAAUCAUUUCUUUACUGACAUAUUAUUUUGUAUUUCAUGCGAAAAAUCUUUAAUUAAAAAGCCGUUUUCGCCACGGUUACGUACAAUGUUGAAGGAAAGGAUGAAAACAGAUACGAGUUACGGUCAUAAAGUUUUCAACUCGACCGAGUUCUGAAUCAGUUGGCGCUGAUGUUAAUUAAGUAAUUAACUUUCUUAAUGGCACAUUCACUCCCUUGUGUGAUACACCUGUUGAAUAUUUUGACCUAAAUCAUGCUCGAAUCUGACGCUAGCGCAUAUAGCCCGUGGAUGGAGUCUUUGGGUGACUUACAAACUCGCCCGAAUGACACUGGAUGGUGGUUAUAUGACCAUAACUUCACGAAAUUACAGAAUGACUCUCUCCCUAGCAACCUCACCCUUGAGGCAACAAACAACUCGUCUUUACUGGACAGUAACAUUUUGUCUUAUUCAGUGACUCAAGCCAUCUUCUAUAUUGAGUAUUUCACGAUAUUUUUACUCGGGAUUUUUGGGAACUGUUUAGUUUGCUAUGUAGUGUUCCGUAACAAAAACAUGCACACGGUGACGAACUAUUUUAUAACGAAUCUUGCCCUCGCUGACAUCUUGCUGUGCGUCCUCGCCGUUCCCUUCACGCCACUGUACACGUUCAUGGGCGAAUGGCUGUUUGGCAGUGUCCUGUGCCAUAUCGUCACCAUGGCUCAAGGGACGAGCGUCUACGUCUCGUCUCUGACUCUAAUGUCGAUCGCCAUCGACAGGUUCUUCGUCAUUCUCUAUCCCUUCCGACCUCGACUGAAGGUGACAACCUGUUACUUCAUCAUUAUAUCCAUAUGGCUGUUCUCCCUGUCGUCUACCUUCCCCUACGCCCUCUACAUGGGCCAGGUGGAAUUUCAGCAGAAAUUCUACUGUGAGGAGCUUUGGCCCUCGGAGUUGUUCCGUCAAGUCUUCAGUGGCUUCACAGCCAUUAUGCAGUUCGUGGUGCCCUUCAUCAUCAUUCUCUACUGCUACGUCAAGAUCUCCAUCAGGAUGAGCCAGAGAGUCAAGGCGAAGCCCGGCAGCAAAAAUUCCCGGAAGGAAGAGGCUGAUCGUGAGAGGAAACGCCGCACGAACCGUAUGUUGAUCGCCAUGGUGACCAUUUUCGGCAUAUCCUGGCUACCGGUCAACGUGGUCCACCUGGUUGGGGAUUACUAUGCCCAGGCUAGCUCCUGGGAUUACUAUAACCUGUGCUUCUUUAUAACGCAUGUGAUAGCCAUGUCGUCCACGUGCUACAACCCUUUCCUGUACGCUUGGCUGAACGAUAAUUUCCGCAAGGAAUUCCAGCUGGUGCUGCCCUGCUUCAAAAAGAAGACCUCGGCCCACCGCGUGGGUCAUGGCUCCCGUUCUGAAAGAACUUGUUGCAAUGGCAACGCGGCCAAAGACGAAGCCUUCAGAAAGCUGAGUGACAAAAACAGAGACAAAAAUGAGGAUAAGAAGGAAUCCGUCUACAGAUUAGGGAGUGGGGGCUCGCAACACUUAGGGGACGAUGCCUGUGGUGUGGAGGAGGAGGCCGUGAAUGAGGUUGCCCUGCAAGGACGCCCUCAGAGUGGAGGGGAAGGCAGAGUCUCUGGUCAAGAAUCUCAUCAGAUGAAGACCUUUGUCAUUGAAAUGCCACCUCAGGAGAACGGGUCAACCACUGACCAGGCUUCUCAUCCGCUUAUUGGCGCAGAAGCCUCAGAGUACUUUUAAUAUGAGGAAGAAGCCAGGUGCUGAGUAUGGAGUCAGCAAUUCCGCAGUCUAAGAUCUCAAGAAGGGAAAUUGGCUGAGACUUGAUGAAAGCCGACUUUGAUCUUUUACUCAAGAUGGGACACAUACAACAAUCUCGAUCCUGAGUUAAAUGUAAAUAGAAGAGCAAAUAAAACAACGAAGUGAAAGUUUAUGUCGGCCACGUUUUGGACUCCAGGAUCAUUACAACGCAGGGCGGGCAUUGUACAUUUGAAAAAGGUUUCCUGUACGAAACGAAUCACUAUUGCCACACGACAUUUUCAUUUUUCACAACCAUUCGAAAAAAUCUGAGGGAAACUUGAUUCGACAUUUUCUCAGAUCCUCAACAUAUCUUGCACUACGAAAAGUAAUUAGUGCCGCUACCUCAACUACAUGAAUAGGCUUAAGAUCAUUGAAACAAAAAGUAAAAUUCCUUUGAAAUGACAAAGAAACCUUUUAUGAAAUUUGUGGUUCCAUAAAAUUAUCAAUGGAAGAUGAGUAUAGUUGAGAAUCUUACAAAAGAGAUAGAAUGAAAUGGAACAGCAGUGCUUUGGGUAUGAACAAACGAAGGAUUCUCCGAUUAUAUGAAGUACACUUUACCGCUGUUUCUGGAAAUAAGAAGAUAAAUUAAACCACGAUUUAACCAAACAAAAAAUGUGUGGUUGAUUAUGUCGUGUCACAACGCUAUGUUUAUUGAUAUCUUUUUUAAUGCAUAUUCUUUAAAGAUGAAGAUAUCCCCAAAAGCAACAUAUACCAUGACACCGCUUAUCAGAGGAGACUUCAGCUACUGACAAAAAAGUAAAAUAUGAAUUAAUUUUGGUGUUACUGUAUUCAACUGUCAUACAAAAUGACGUGACUUGUGCAAGGACGCUCAGACUUACCCCGAAAAAAAAAAAAAAAAAAACUGCGAAAAGACAAGUACCCAAACAUAACCCGGAAAAGUAUGCAAAGUCAACCAACUGCACAUAUCGAGGAGGAGUUAUAUAACGUAUUUACUAUCUCGAAUAUUAGAAUAGAGUAAGACUGAUAUAGAAUCAUAGGUGUGAUCGUAAAUGUGUUUCAAAAUCUCUUCUUGAGGAACAGUCCGAGAAUGUCAUGCACAAUUAUACAUUGCGAUCAAGAAAUGCUUGUAAAACAAUGCAGCACAAGUCAACAUACCGUAUGAAUUCAUAUUCAAGAUACAUUGCCUUCUCAGUUUCUCAAAUUCCCUUUCGCAUGCAAAACCAUAAAUAUAUAUAUGUGUGUUUUAUUAGAAAUAAUGCUAGGAAAUAGAUUGUGUUUAUAAUGUGCAUAGAUAUCAAUGUAAUAUAUUUUGACAGUGAUUAUAUUAAUCACAUAAGUUAUAAGAAUAUAUAGUACGACUAACUGCCUAGGCUUCAAAAAGGAACAAUCGAAAGAAAGGGUAAUAAUUAAAAGGUAUUCAUUAAUGAGAGAUAUCACAAGCUAAGGCGAUUGCUGUUAUUGCAAAAGCAUUUUUAAGUACCAAAGUGUAAAUUCUGUGUAUAAAUGUUAGUAUAAUUAUAUACAUAAAGCACAAAAUAACUGGGAAAAUUACAAAAUAAAGCAUGCAGUAACAC